UAUAAGUGGCUCUGGGCUGAGAAGAAGUCAGUGCCCGCGUCUCCACACGUCUGUCUCCAUCACUGCCAUCACAAUCCGCAGCUCCCCUCCCCCUGAGAACCCAGUCCCCAGAACCCCAGUCCCUUGCCCCCCUGCCUCCCCAGUAUCCAGCAUCCCUUGGACAGACUCCGCCACUGUCGCCGCGGCCACUUCUGCCAUCCCCAACGCCACCUCCUCAGGGCCAGCAAGAUGCAGUUUGAGAUGCACGACAACGUGAAAGGCAAAGCCAUGUCCUACCCUGUGACCAGCCAACCCCAGUGCGCCACCACCAGCUGCUACCAGACCCAGCUCAGUGACUGGCACACAGGUCUCACGGACUGCUGCAACGACAUGCCUGUCUGUCUGUGCGGCACUUUCGCUCCUCUGUGCCUCGCCUGCCGCAUCUCCGACGACUUCGGCGAGUGCUGCUGCGCGCCCUACCUGCCCGGAGGCCUGCACUCCAUCCGCACCGGCAUGCGCGAGCGCUAUCACAUCCAGGGCUCUGUCGGACACGACUGGGCGGCCCUCACCUUUUGUCUGCCCUGCGCGCUCUGCCAGAUGGCGCGGGAGCUGAAGAUCCGAGAGUAACGAAAUCCCCGUGUUCCCAGUCCUUUUCCGCCAGUCUCUCCCGGCCUUCCUGCCCCACCGCUCCCGUCUUGCUGCCAGAAAUACACCCACAAUAAAAACCUGAAAACCAA